AUGUCAUGGGCCUCCAAAAGAGAGACCACGAAGAUUGAAGAUCUUGCAUACUGCUUGAUGGGUAUUUUUGGGGUCAACAUACCAUUAUUAUAUGGUGAGGGCGCAAGAGCCUUCACACGGCUGCAAGAGGAGAUCAUGAGACGCGACUACGACCACAGUUUAUUUUCAUGGAAUAACGAUUUCACGAAAGCCUGUAGAAUAGACAUUAUUGGGGUGUCUGAGCGAGCUCCUAGUGGUAUUGGAAUACUUGCGCCGCAUCCAUCUGCUUUCCGCAAAGUCGGUGAUAUUAUCCCGUACACGACAAAGACAGAACCCUAUUUUACAACCAACAGAGGACUUCAGAUCGUCCUUCGUGUUUUGGAACAUGCGCAUCCAGAAGGAAGCCAUACACAUAUUGCAAUCCUCCGAUGCCGCUACAGGAACAACCUCGAUACUGCCAUCGCAAUACCGAUUGCUCCAGUAAUUGCACCGGGAUCAUCGAACACACAAGCCGAAUUCUACCGUACUGCCGACGAUGACCUUGUUGAUGUCAACUACUCGCUAGUCGCAAUGUCAAAGAGCCAAGUCGUUUACCUGCACGAGAUAGGGCCUACCUGGAGAUGCAAGGAGCCGCAAAAUUCUCAUUGUUGUUGGCUCCGCGAAUAUGGACAGGAACUGGGCAUUCGAUACAUCAAGGCUUGGUCUCGCCAGUAUCCUCUCCUAAUGCCACUCAUUGAUGAGAAGCCAUCCAAGGCAUGGAAUUACGCUAAUAACGCGAUGGCAUCGGCCAAAGACUGGCGUGGCACCCGAGCGGCACUAUUCUUCUCUACGAAGAACGGGGCAGCUUUAGUAGUGAUUCUGACGCUGAUGUACAUCACUGUUGGAGAAGGAUAUCCGAGAAUGCAUGUUCAGAUCAAGCCGAUGCUUGAUGGAAUUACAGAGGUGGAUCAGGCGAGUGACAUUCUCGGAGAAACAAUUCCUUUCGUGCAUGGGCAAGAGCUCAUUGAAACCCAGACCACAUUCCCUUUUAAGGGUCGCAUCGUAACUGCUCGGUUGAGGAGGGAGAAUAUGCCCGAUGAUAUGGUUUUCGUCUUGGAUCUUAUGUUCUCGGGUACUACAAAGUAUUCGAGUAGGAAGCAAGCCACGCCGAACAAGAACUUUAGAUCAAGGCUGUGA